AUGGAAACGGUGUCUGCGCAACACCCGCAGAUGCUUGGGGUCCUGAAGCGCAGGUUAGACCAGUCCAAGAGGCUCUCAGAACUGUGGGUGAAGGGCAACAUCACGGCCAUUGACACGGUUCUCACUCUGCCGCAGGACCAAGACGUGCUGUGCGACUUCUGCAGAUCCUUGAUGCAGCAAGACCUGGGCAGCGUGCUGAACCUAGAUGCAUGCGCCGCGUUUCUUCCCUUGCUGAAGGAGUUGUUAAUGACAUGCAAGUACGAGGACUUCAUUGCCAUUGCGCUGGAGUUCACGGCUUUGCUGCUUGACCGCUUUGGCGGCCUGAUCAGUGAGACACGCGAGAGCUGUGCCAAAAUCCCUGAGCGUCAGCUCGAUCUGGCCAGGGAAGGCCGCUAUCGCAAGUGCAGUGCGCCGAGCCCUCAAAGGGGCCCAGACUUAAAAGUAUGCCUGGCUGCACGGCUUUGCAUGCGGCUGUUGUCGCGCCCAGGUGUUACGAUCAAUUCAAGGAGAUCCACAAGCUGCUGGGCUCAGGCGUUGCCUUGCCAUGUUGGGGGGUAG